CGCGCUGGAGUCUCUGUUUGGGGAUGAGGAGACGGAGGAUGCACACACGGGGGAUGCACACACGAGGGAUGCAGGGCAAGAGAUUGGGGGGAGAAUCACCCACCUCGAGUUAGCCAGUCAUAUCAAUAGCAGCAGUGCCACUGGCAGCUGUGGGGGAUCCGAUGAGAGUGACAAGAGACUGGUCCUUCCAUCCCUCGCGCACUUUAAGAUUGAGAAGCUUCCCCUGCAGCUGCUCAGUCCAUCGCUGGGCUCCUUCCUGUCGCUCACCAAGCUGGAAAUCCUGCAAAUGCAUCCGCUACGCUCGCUCCCAGACUCCAUCUCCCAUCUCUCCCGCUUGCAGUCACUCGCGAUCAUGGUUGCCGAAAGCCUGUGUGCUCUGCCACAGGCAAUAGGGAAGCUUUCAGCUCUCACAUCCCUCCAGCUUAACUGUCUCCUGAGCUUGACUGCUCUGCCCGAGUCAUUCGGGCAGCUGAAGAAGCUUCGGUCUUUGAAAUUUUACAACAGCCCGGGCCUAACCAGGCUUCCCGAGUCCUUCCCUGAUCUCUGCAGGCUGGAGUCGUGUUAUUUGUCCGAUGUCGGGAUUUCUUGCCUUCCAGAUGACUUCUGGAAGCUCUCUGCUUUGAAGAAACUAACUCUGGAGUCGCUGCCCGAACUCUGCAGCCUGCCCGAAACUUUUUCGCUGCUGCCCGGACCGGAGGAAUUGAGCCUGUUCCGGUCCAAGCUGCUGGCGCGGUUGCCCUCGGGCCUGCAGCAUAUGGGGAAGCUGCUGGCAUGCGUUGUCAGUGGGUGCCCGCUGCUGUCGGAAGGGAGGGUGGUGAUUAAGGGUAGAGCGAACCUGGAUGAGGGAGAGCGUGCAGUGGGUGGCUCAGAUGACGAAGAUGAGGAGGAGGAAGAGGAUGAGGAGGAGGAAGAGGAGGAGGAGGAGGAAGAGGAUGAGGAGGAGGAGGAUAAGGAAGAGGAUGAGGAGGAGGAAGAGGAUGAGGGGGAGGAGGAGGAAGAGGAUGAGGAUGAGGAGGAAGUGGGGACAGCGGAGGAGGAUGAGGGGAGUGAACUCGAAGCUGCGAACCUGGACGAGGGAGAGUAUGCAGUGGGUUGCUCGGAGGAAAACCAUGAAGGGGAAGUGUGGAUGGGCGAGGCGGUGCCUCGGUCCCUUGGUCUCGCCCGUUUGCCUCUCCUCCACCGUUGGAUCCACCAACCUCCUAUCCUGUCCGUCCCCUCUUUCUCCUCCGUGCCCCUUCAAUCGUGUGUCGCACGCAGCUCUCUUUGUGCUUAUCCUGCCAAUGGCCUUGCUCUCCUUGCCUGUCCUGACACCCACCCCCCUUUGCCUCUCUGCCCGCCUGCCUAUCCUCCAUUUCUUCCGUGCCUCACAGCGCUGCUCUGUCAUGCUGUGCUGUCGGGAGCCAACGACGUGCCGAUGAUUCAGACGGCCGCUAUAGGGGUGGGCAUACGAGGCCACGAGGGGAGGCAGGCAGUGAUGGCGAGCGACUUUGCCAUCUCGCAGUAUCUCUCCCAAACCGCAUUCUCUACAACCUCAGCCAUAGGCCAGCUAAGCCUCAUGUUCUUCUCCCUCACCUACACAACCCUCCCCACUGUCGUCGUCGCCUCCAUCGACCAAACCCUCCUGCUCGCCUGGCCGCAGCUUUACGGCGCCGGGCAGCACGAGGAAACUUACAACCUGCCCGUGUUUCUGGCUGCCAUGCUGGAUGCCACGUGGCAGAGCCUGGUGCUGUUUCUGGUGGGCGUGGCGAGUGUGAGUGGGCUAGACGGCGACAUGUGGGCGUUGGGGCAGACGUGGUUGGUGGCGCUGGUGCUGGUGGUGACAGUGCAUCUUGCGAUGGACAUCCGACGGUGGACGUGGCUCCACGCGGCUGCGAUUGCGAUCGCUAUACUCGUUACAGUGGUCUCGAUACUGGUUAUUGACUACAUCCCUCUGCUGCCUGAAUAUGGGUCGUUCCGAUACGCCAUCGCCACGUCAACCUUCUGUAUGGCUGUUGGUGCGGGCGGCAGUGGUUCUGUUGCGGGUGGCAGUGGUGGCGGUGGCAUUGGCAGUAGUGCUGUUGGAAGUGCAGGUGGAACUGGUGCCGGUGCCCCUCACACUCUCUCACCUGCUCUCCCUCCUUUCUCUGCCAACCUCCCCCCUUCUCUGCCCCGCUCGCCCCUCUACCUACCAAUUCUAAGCUCCCCUUCACUGCUGUCCCUUUGCCCCCCCCCCCCCACCCCCACCCCUGUCACCGGCUCUCUACCAACCUUCUGUCCCCCUCUCUGCCCUUUCCCUCCUCUUCGUCCCCUAUUCUGUGCCAACUUUCCAACCCACUUCUUUGCCAGCCUCCUCUCCCCCUACCGAACAACCUUUCUUUCCUCCGUCCUUUGCAAGCUGUCCCCCAUCCUCACUGCUAAACUUCCCCCUCUCUUCCACCUUCCCUCCCUUUUUCUGUCUUUUCCCCAUCUCUGCCAAAGGUUUCUCUCCCCCUUCCUGCCCCUCCCGGCCCCCCUCUCCCCUCUCCAACCUCUCCUCGCCCCUCUCUGCCAACCUCUCCUUUCCUCUCUCUGCCAACCUUCCCCCCUCUAUCCCAAACCCCUCUCCCCUCUCUGCCUACAUGCCCUCCUCCUACCCUGCCAAGCUUCCCUCCAACCCCUCUGCCAACCCCCCCUUUGCAUCUCCCGCCCUUGCAACCCUUCCCUUCCCACACUUCCAUUGGAGCUGUAG